AUGGUGUUGAUGAAGAUGAAGUUUCCCUUCGAAAAAAGGGUGAAGUUAGCCCAGGGACUGUGGCUCCUCUCCUGGACCGCCGCAGUCGCUGGGGCUACCACCUUCACCCUGGGGUGCAUCCUCAAGACAGAGCUCCGCAAGAGGCAAGAGGUAAUGGAAAACUCUGACAUACAUAUUGUGCCCAAUACCCUCAUGCUUGUUGGUCUGGCCUCCUUGGGUAUCAACUACUUUGCGUCAAGGAUCAGUCAGGAUGCCCUGGAUGCUGCGAAAUUUCCUUGCUGGAAGUCCUUCUUGAAGCCCUACUUUGCUUGCUCUUGUUUCUUCACUGUCCUCAUGCUGCUAUCCGUCAUCAUGAGCUUUGCAAUGAAGGGCAGUCUGGAGAGAUCUCUGAAGGGUGGGCUGAAGAAUGGCAUCCGCUACUACAAGGACACAGACACCCCUGGCCGUUGCUUCCAGAAGCAGAAUAUCGAUCGUCUGCAAAUGGAGUUUCAGUGCUGUGGAAACAACGACCACAGGGACUGGUUUGAGGUCCAGUGGAUCAGCAACCGCUACCUUGAUUUCAGCUCUAAGGAAGUGAAAGACCGCAUCAAGAGCAACGUGGAUGGCCGUUACUUGCUAGAUGGAGUCCCAUUCAGUUGCUGCAACCCCAGUUCUCCACGACCAUGCAUCCAGUAUCAGCUCACCAACAACUCAGCUCACUACAACUACCAAUACCAGACCGAGGAGCUCAACAUCCACCUCCGAGGCUGCAGAGAGGCCCUUGUCAACUACUACAUGGGCCUGAUGAACACCAUUGGGGCUGGAGUACUGUCAGUCUUCCUCCUACAGAGCUCUGUGCUGGUGAGCUUGCGGUUACUGCAGACCUCCAUGGAGGCUGUGGAAGGCAACGAAAAUACGGAGAUCGAGACAGAGGGGUACUUGCUGGAGAAAGGAAUUAAAGAGACCAUCAUGGAGUACUUAGACCCUGUGCUGAAGUUCCUCCUGCUGACGAACCAGGUGGAAGAGGGUGGUGAAACAACCCCAGCCUAA